AUGCUCAAUCCAUUAAUGAUAUGAUUUUAUACAUAUUUUCCUUUGGAAAUAUUUCCACCGGGUAAUCCUUCCAUUGAAUAUGUAUGCGUUACACUUUAUCAGAGUUUGCGGAUUUCAUUCCAGUGUUGGUAUCAUAUUCCGCUUUCUCAACAUGUUUGCGGAUGGCCGCAAACAAAAAUAACACCGAUAGCGAUGAAUACUCCCACUUUACUGUAUAUUUCCUGAGGAGUUAUUGACAAACACUUCUUCGAAGUCGAAUUAAGCCUCCAGGUAGGAUGGUUUCGUUACGCGCGCACUUCCAGCGUGCGAUGGACGACUCCCGUGUUGGUUGAUCCCACGAUGGUGCUUUCCACAUAGCCACCUUGUCCAACUUACUACUGCCCUUCAAGAUCCAUGUAAUAUAUACGCUCUCCCGGUAAUAUUUAAUUGUCAAAUCAUUGUGCUUUUUUGAUCGGUAUAUAUUCUUAAGAAUGAGUAUCUUUAACCAAUCGACAGAGACUUCCGUCGUGAAGCACGUCCCAGCAACACGGAGUAUGCGUCGCAUUAUUGCAUCUCGAUAUCUUCAGUCUAUAGAAAGCUGUCCACAUAGCAUCUCCCGCAGUACAUCUUUGUCAAAAUUGACUUAUUUCGCGCUAUUUAGCAAUCUACCAUUUGAACUCCGCGCUGAAGUUUGGGCGUUUGCUCUCCUAGAGCCUCAUACAAUAGAGCUCGAAUUCCCACCUCUCAUGGAUACAAUACCGCAGCGGAGUUUUCGGAUCAAGACACCGCACCCUCUUCUCUCAGCUUGCAAAGAAUCCAGAGCGGAGAUGUUAAAGCGGUACCGACUGUCUGAAUAUUCGAGACACAAUUCAUUUUCUAUUAAUUUUGCCUUCAAUUCAUUGUUCCUCAAGAAUCUCGACUUUGGUUUCAGUCGAGGCUGUUGGUCACCAACGACAAAUACUCUCAGCAGUGGUGUGCACUUGAUGCUUUUACUGGGCAUUUUUGACUGCGUAGAAAGUUUAGUGAUUUCUCGAGAAUCAAUUUUAGAUGCAGAAUGCGAAGCAGAAAACAUUAUCCGCCAUUGGUUUCCAAAUCUUUGUUUACUCAUCGUUACUGUUGGCUUUCGAAGCGAGGAUGAACUCGUGUUGAAACGCUAUUCUCAACUUGUACUACAUCCAGAAGAUGAUCGCCACAUUUCAGUCCUCAGUUCAACACCACCGAUGUGUCAAUGGGACGCAAUAUACGCUUCAGGGAUAAAAGUAAAUAUGCAGCGGCGAUUUGCAAGACAAGAAAGAAUUCACAGAAAUUAUAUUGCGCCGAUUGUGAAUGUCGUGAGCGCCAGUCAACGCCAGUGAAUGCUAUGGUGGAAUGUAGGAUUGCUUGGUCUGGCUGCUACAAUCAUUAAUAGCACCGUGCUGCGCAAAACCGGUACAAGAGUGAUUUCAGCGUCCUUUUCGAUGAUCAACUCAAGUAUUCACGAAAAGAAACAAGAUUUCGAUGUUCGGCAUAGCAAGAAUUUAUGUCAACUCUGGCGAUUUAUAAGUUGACACAAGCCCUGGCGGCGCCUGUUUCGUUGUCCAAAGAGCAGUUUGAACUGGAUAUGUCUCAGAAAAAGAGGAUUCAUCGACAAGGAUCAUGUGAGCUACUUUAUCUAUCCGGGUUAUUACCAAACUGUCGGGAAUGUC